ACUAGGUUUCUGUGGUGAGUUGUCUAUAAAACUAAUUUCCUUCCUGGAGUUCUUAUACUUGGUGCAUUGCUGUAGGACUAGGAGCUUCAGUGGGAACAAGCCAGCAUCUCUUUGAACAAAACAAAACAAGCCAGCAGUUACAGUCCUCCUUGUUGUAUGAUGAAAGCCUGCUUGCUUCCUACGGAAUAAAAGAGUGGUCAGCUGCAAGCAUGAACAAAGUAAAGAUUGCCACUGCUGAAGGAUUUACCGUGUUCCUGUUAUUAAGCACAGCCCAAGCUAUGGUCUGCUCUCCUUGUCUCUGUGGGCCCCUUGGAGAAGGCUGGGGCAGUUGGUCCUUAGAUUGCAGUUCUGUAGGAUUGAAAGGAAUGCCUCCAUUGUUCCCUAAUAUCAGAAUUCUUAAUCUGCGAAACAACAGUUUGACCACUGUCCCUCCUGGUGCCCUGGACACCUUGAACCUAAAGAAAGUUGACUUCUCCAACAAUCCAUGGCACUGUGACUGUUCUAUUCUAUAUUUGAAGAAGUGGCUGGAAGACUUCAAUGAAACUGCUCUUGCCACAGCUAUGUGUGCAACUCCAGCUUCAGUAAAAAUGAAAGACCUGAGCCAGCUGAAUGGGAAUGAACUGGAAGGCUGUCGGAAGCCUCUCCCAAUCAAAUGCCUUGAUUUCCUUCAGAGGGACAUUGCUCUGCAUCUCAUGGCAAUUGUGGUACUCAUUUUAGCACUGUGCAUUCUGCAAUACUCCAAAAAACUGGCCUCCCGUGCUGCCAGAAAGCAAGAUCCUUCUGAAGUCCCACUGCUGCAGAUUCAUGACCUGGAAGACCAGAAGACCAAGUGAGGCAGUAUAGUGCUGAACAGCUUUUCAGCAAGUAUUCAAAAUCCAUCUGUUAAGAAGAUUAUCUUUGCAUAAACUACAGGCACCUACAGUCAAGACUGAAUAUGUUCCUUGUGCUAAAGGCAGAGCACCAAUUGUAUUUUGUUUGCUGUUUCUCAAAAUGGUUAAAUCUGUAACUG